ACCUGGCAGGCACACGCACACGCACGCACAUGGUGGUCUGCGUAUGCCAAAGACUUCGAUAACAACAAAGCCACCAAGCCUUUAUAUAAACUCUCCGCAAAUAAGAUUCACCACUUGCAGCCUCCUUAAGUUCUCAACAACCCUUCUCACGUUCUUCGUGCUCUCCGUCCCUCUUCAUUUCCUUCUCUCUCUGUCUCUAGGAUAUCUCUGCCCUAUCGAUCUAUGGCUUCUAUUGCAGGAAUGUCGAUCUCUGCUCCUUCUCGGUCGCUUUCUUUCAACCAGAGCCAGCCGACAAAAUUGAUUUCUGGCCUGAAAUCAGUUUCUUUUUCCACUCAGAGAAAAAGCUUUUCAUCACCUGGGUUGAGAUCACUUCGCUUCCGGGUUUCCUGUGCUGCCAAACCAGAGACUAUUGAGAAGGUGUGUGAAAUAGUGAAGAAGCAGUUGGCAUUAUCUGACGACUCUGCAGUCACUGCUGAAUCAAAAUUUUCUGAACUUGGAGCUGAUUCUCUUGAUACGGUUGAAAUUGUAAUGGGGCUUGAGGAGGCAUUUGGGAUCAGUGUGGAGGAAGAGAACGCCCAAAGUAUCACUAAUGUUCAAGAUGCUGCAGAUAUGAUUGAGAAGCUGGUUGAGAACAAAAGUGCUUGAUUGAUAAAAGGAGGAAUGGAAGAAAGUCUGCUUCAACAUCAAUUUAUUACCCUUUGGUUCCAGAUACUUUUGAAUAGCCUUUUAUGAUGGACUCAUGUCGCUUCAAUAUUUAUGAAAACAUGUAGUUCGUUUCUGUUUUUUGUUUUGUCACUUCAACAAUUCAACUAAGUUAAUCUGGUAUAUCUUGAAAUGAGACUAUGUUAUUUCUUA